AUGUGCUUAAUCCAGCUGCAUUACAGAUUUACAGUAACGCCAUUGCCGACAAAGGAGCUGCUUUAUAAUUGUUUUGGGUUCGUUGAUGAGACCGUUCGACCCGUAUGCAGACCAGGAGAGCACCAAAGAGUCAUCUACAACGGCCAUAAGAGGGUUCACGCUCUAAAAUUCCAGUGUGUGGCUCUACCCAUUGGUUUAAUCGGUAACCUAUAUGGUCCAGUGGGUAAGUUUUGCGGGGAGUGUUUGCACAAAGAGAGAGUGGGCGAUUUCAAUUUCACUAUGUUUUUAACAAGAAAUAUUGGACGAGUGUCAGGGGUAAAGAGUGAGAGGCUUAUGUGACAAACCUGUACAAGAAGCAUUUUUAGUUCCUUACGUAUUUUGUACUUCCUUUUACUGUUUCAGAGGGUCGUAAACACGAUGCUGGCAUGCUAGCUGAUUCAGGACUUCUUCAAUACCUGCAACGCUUUGCAAAUUCACCAGUUGGCAAUCCAUUUUGCUUGUACGGCGAUCCGGCAUACCCUCAUAGAAUUUACUUACAGACGCCAUUCCCAAAUAGAGCCCUUACUGCCCCAAUGAUCGCUUUCAACCAGUCUAUGAGUACAGAAUGGCUGUUUAAUGACAUUGCCAAUUAUUUUAAGUUUAUGGACUUUAAAAAGAAUCUAAAAAUUAGUUUGAGUGGUGUUGGAAAGAUGUAUGUUGUUUGUGCAGUUCUCAGGAAUGCUCUUACAUGCCUAUAUCCAAAUCAGACAUCGCAGUACUUUAACUUAGAUCCGCCAACACUACAAGAUUACUUUGCUUGA